UCUGUUGCCCAUUCCGACGCACAUCCCCUCGCAGGAGAAAGCAACAGCUUCGCGGAGCGGCACGGAGCAGGACUUCUCGGAUUGCUCCUCCUGUGGCGCGCACCGCAUCCAUCCUCCCCGGGUUUCCCCCCCCCACACACACACACAUCGCUCAGGGCCGGAACGGAGCAGCGGCUCCGGAGGAUGCGCCCCCGGACGGAGGCUCGCCGUGGGUAAAAAAAAAGAAAAGAAAAGUCGCACAAAGAGAAUGAGACUGGGGAAAGAGCGCAGCGCAGCGCUCCUGUAGGAACGCGUCCACGGCUGAAGCUGGUGUUGGUGUUGGGAUAAAGAGGGGUUCCGCGCAGAGGAUUUUGGGGCUGCACCGGGGGGCCGUGAGAGCCCGCGCCAACGCCGAGGACCAUGAGAGCCGGGAGAGGAACAAAACGCUCGUCCGCGGCGCUUUGGGUCUGAGUCUCCAUCCAUCCUGAGGGGCUCCAGUCUGCACACCUUUUCUUCAUGUGGCAAACGUCUGCUUUAUGACAAUGGAUUACUUGCUGUGGGUGUGCAGCCUCGUUGUCCCCGCGGUCCUGGCCGUAGAAGAAACCCUCAUGGACAGUCGGUGGGCUACCACAGAGCUGGCUUGGACCACAUUUCCAGAAAGUGGGUGGGAGGAGGUCAGCGGCUACGACGACUCUAUGAGCCCGAUCCGAACCUACCAGGUGUGCAACGUCCGGCAGCCCAACCAGAACAACUGGCUGAGGACGGACUUUAUCCCGCGCAGGGGCGUGCUGCGCGUCUACGUGGAGCUCAAGUUCUCCGUCCGUGACUGCGCCAGCAUCCCCAACAUCCCCGGCUCCUGCAAAGAGACCUUCAACCUGUUUUACUACGAGUCGGAGGGCGACACGGCCACGGACAGCAGCCCCCUGUGGAGGGAGAACCCGUACGUCAAGGUGGAUACUAUCGCCCCCGACGAGAGCUUCUCCCUGCUGGAGGCGGGCCGGAUCAACACCAAAAUGCGCAGCUUCGGGCCCCUCUCCAAGGCGGGCUUCUAUCUGGCCUUCCAGGACCUGGGGGCCUGCAUGUCCCUCAUAUCAGUCAGGGUUUUCUUCAAGAAGUGCUCCACCACCAUUGCCAAUUUCGCCGUCUUCCCCGAGACCGCCACGGGGGCGGAGGCCACCUCCCUGGUGAUCGCCCCGGGGGCCUGCGUGACCAACGCCAUGGAGGUGUCCGUCCCACUGAAGCUCUACUGCAACGGGGACGGCGAGUGGAUGGUCCCCGUGGGCUCGUGCACCUGCGUGGCCGGCUUCGAGCCCUCUGCAGACGACACGCAGUGCCAAGCCUGCGUCCCUGGGACCUUCAAAUCCAAAUUCGGGGAGGGAUCGUGUGUUCCCUGUCCACCCAACAGCCGCACCAGUGCACGAGGAGCCAAUAUUUGUCCCUGCCAGAAUGGUUUUUACCGUUCUGACAGUGACCCUCCCGAGUCCUCCUGCACCACCAUCCCCUCGGCGCCCCGCAGCGUCAUAUCCAGCGUGAACGAGACCUCGCUGUCCCUGGAGUGGGAGGAGCCCGAGGACACGGGCGGGCGGAGCGACCUGGUCUACAACGUGGUGUGCAAGAAGUGCCUGCGCGACCGCAGCCCGUGCACCCGCUGCGACGACAACGUGGACAUCGCCCCGCGCCGGCUGGGCCUGAGGCAGAGGAAGGUGGUGGUGAGGAACCUGCAGGCCCACACCCGCUACAGCUUCGAGGUGCAGGCCGUGAACGGGGUCUCCGGGAAGAACCCCUCCUCGCCCAACUACUCCACGGUCAACAUCACCACCAACCAGGCCGCCCCCUCAGCUGUGCCUACCGUCCACUUGAUGCGCUCCACUGCAGACACUCUCAGCCUGUCAUGGCUGCCGCCCGAGAAACCAAACGGAGUCAUCCUCGACUACGAGAUAAAAUACCAAGAGAGGGGUCAGGGGAUGUCCCACACCGUCACAUCUCAGCACAGCUCCGCCAAGGUGGAGGGGCUGAGGGCGGCCACCCCUUACGUGGUGCAGGUCAGGGCUCGGACCGUCGCCGGGUACGGACGCUACAGCAACCCCAUGGACUUCAGCACAAACCUACACAGUGAUCCUCAGAAGUCCGUGCAAGACCAGCUGCCUCUGAUCAUCGGCUCGGCCUCCGCAGGCCUCGUGGUCAUCGUGGCCUUGGUGGUCAUCGCCGUCGUCUGCCUCAAGAAGCAGCGCAGCGGGUCAGAGCUGGAGUACACGGAGAAGCUGCAGCAGUACAUUUCUCCCGGGGUCAAAGUCUAUAUUGACCCCUUUACCUACGAGGACCCCAAUGACGCCAUCCACGAGUUUGCCAAAGAGAUAGACAUCUCCUGUGUGAAAAUAGAGGAAGUCAUCGGUGCAGGUGAGUUCGGGGAGGUGUGCCGCGGCCGCCUCAAGCAGCCCGGCCGCCGCGAGAUGGUGGUGGCCAUCAAGACGCUGAAGGCCGGCUACACCGAGCGCCAGAGGCGGGACUUCCUGGCCGAGGCCUCCAUCAUGGGCCAGUUCGACCACCCCAACGUCAUCCGGCUGGAGGGCGUGCUGACGCGGAGCUGCCCCGUCCUCAUCAUCACCGAGUUCAUGGAGAACGGGGCGCUGGACUCCUUCCUCAGGCUGAACGACGGGCGCUUCACCAUGACGCAGCUGGUCGGGAUGCUGCGUGGCAUUGCGGCGGGGAUGAAGUACCUGUCGGACAUGAACUACGUCCACAGAGACCUCGCCGCCCGAAACAUCCUGGUCAACAGCAACCUGGUCUGCAAGGUCUCCGACUUUGGCCUGUCGCGCUUCCUGGACGAUACCUCCGCCGACCCCACCUACACAAGUUCCCUGGGAGGGAAGAUCCCCAUUCGGUGGACUGCGCCAGAGGCCAUCGCCUUCAGGAAGUUCACCUCUGCAAGCGACGUGUGGAGUUAUGGCAUCGUUAUGUGGGAGGUGGUGUCCUACGGAGAGAGGCCUUACUGGGACAUGAGCAACCAGGAUGUGAUGACGGCCGUGGAGCAGGACUACCGGCUGCCUCCACCCAUGGACUGCCCCAUGGUGCUGCACCAGCUGAUGUUGGAGUGCUGGAUGAAGGAGAGAAACCUGAGGCCCAAGUUCUCCCGCAUCGUCAGCACCUUGGACAAGCUGCUCCGCAACGCCGCCAGCCUCAAGGUGGUGACCAGCACCUACUCAGGGGACCUGCUCCGGCUGGGAGGAACGCUGCCGGGACACAACAGGAAGAGCCCAGACAACAGUCAGGAAAUCAUUCGACAACAGAUGAGCCAAACUCUCCCCAUCAGGGUGUGACCUGCCGCACAGCGAAGCAUACCGAAUGAUUGAAAAGAAGAAGAAGAGAGAAAAAAAAACUGCCUAGGAACUCUUGAUGCAGAGAGGCUGAUGUAAAUUUGAAAAAAAAAAGAGGAAAGUAAAAGAUGGAAGCUGCGCAGCAAAAGAAGGCCACUUUGGAGAUUCCUUUCCCACUGGAGACUUAAUGUCUGUAUAAAGAGAACUUGCCAUUGCAAUGUGUGUGUUCAUUACUUGACACUUGUGGAUUCGUGACUGUUGACAUAAAGCCAAACUUCUUGUCGCUCCCUCUCAGGUUGUGUUUGCAUGCCUGCAUGUGUUUUCUGCUGGUUGGGAAUCAUGUCUUUUCUUCUCUCCACCUCCACAAUCGAGGAAGGCGAGCUCGCGGAGAUGAUGCGAAUGUUGAGAUGACGCAAACGGUGCCAAGAUGAUGCAAACAUUUGCUCAAAGCCGACUCCCAAGACAGCUUCACCUGUGUAUACCUUCAAUCCAGUCAAUCUUUUUUUUUCUUUUUCUUUUUUUUUCAAAAACUUUUUUCUUUUUUAAACCCAACCAAAUAACGUUCUUUUUCGCUUUUUCUUUUGGAGACAAGAACAUUAAAAAAAAAAGAAAAAAAGACAACUUUUCAUCCGCUUCCUCUUAUAUACCGUCUUCCACGUGGACUGGGAGAAUUACGUGUUACAAAUGUGUACAAAGCAUCCGAGUCUUCACGCUGUCUCUCUCUGUCGGAGGGGAGGUUGCAGCUCACACUGUGCGGGACACGCCAUGUGCAUGCCAAAGUGGAAACUCGUUCAUGAGAAAAAGUACCGACGAGUUUCGUGAUAGCUGUUGCUUUGGUGGCAUUUUUGCUGUGUGGGCUUUAAAGUCCAUGUUUUCUUAACCUUAACUGUUUCAUACACGCAUCGUUUAGAAUGCUAAUUUAUAAUCUGUUCAAUGCAAAAAUGUGUUUCCUUUUCUUUUGAUCUUCUUCCCUUUUUUUUACCACAACUUUUUUAUUCUGAUUGCUCGUUGGUUCGUUUUUUGUUUUUUCUGUUCUUUCUCUCUUUUUUUUUUUUACUUCCUACACAUUAAGAAACCACACAAAAAGCGAUCAAAACAAUUGUAUUCAGGAGCUGUUUGGCUCGUGCCGACAAAUUACCUUUAAGACACCGAACACACCGAGUUGAGAUCACCGUCGAGCCUGUUUUUUUGUUUUUUUUUCUCUCUAGUCUUUUCACAGAUUAAAAAGGCCUAGAGCUGGGCUGCGUUGUAUAUUUUACUUUGGACGUGUUUCGAAGGCCAGCGGAAAUUUGAAAUGGUGGCCGGAUGUUGUUCUUGGUGAACUUCGAAUUAACUUUGCAGAAGAGCGAUGUAGAACAAAUCGCUCGCUGCUUUGUUUCUCCUCAUCGGUGUUUCUUUAGAGCUCCAACCGUCAGAGCAGUUCCUAUUUAAAACAGCUGCCUGUAUAUAACACUGUAUUUGUAUUAGACAGAUCCAAUAAGCAUUUUCAGCUCUCUGACCUGACUUUGGCCUCUCUAUGACCCCUCGUUUAUAUGCCUGUUUCUUUAUUGUCGGGGAGCAAACAUAUGGGGAAAUUACAGUUUAAACAGUCAUUGCAUAUCUGAAACUAUACAGUAUGUCACAGUGAAAGAAGAAAACGUGUCUGUUAGGGCAGACUUUCCUGUACAAUUAAAGGUGUAUUAGAUUAUAAAAAAACAUGUGAGAAAACUAGAACAAAAAUAAGCAUUUCUCUUUCAGUAUUUUUACGAUAAUCAUAUGCAAAUAAAUUAUUAAACAGAUCUCUGGCAUUCUCUUUGAUUUCUCGGCGGGUUCAGUAGGCCGAAGUUUCA